CCUGGAUUUGCUGAAGGUUUGGAACGUGAGGAAAGGAAAGCGAAACAGACUUCUAGCUUUGCUAUACUGACUUCAUUGCAUCGACCGUGAGUAGGUUUUUAACGUACUGAGACAAAUACGUCACAGUCUGGACGGCGAGAGGCAACACACGCACGUUAAAUUACUUGAUGUGGCUCACGUUAGCCACCGGGUGUGCACGGUGUGACAGAACGUUUUGAAACGCGGUGACACCAUGAUUCCAAUUACACAUUUUUACAGCCUCCUGUAGAGUCUGAUAGUGUGCCUCGUAGGCCAGGUUCCAUUCAAAAAAUCUGCUCAUUUACGAUAGUUUAGAUCAUGGCAACGUUGCAAUCAUUGUCAACAUAUUUACCUCAUCGUACGAGACCUCUCUUUAUUUCGGCAGAUACAUAACCCUUUAUGUAACACAUUCAUAAGUAGUAGAUAUUUCUCCUUCAUGCUCACUCUGUAGUUCUGAAAUAGAAUCAGUGUUGCAGGCUGUACCGGCUGCUACAAUGAAUUUAGUCAGAUUAGUCUUUGUUAGUGUUGUAUCUGAUGUAUCUGUGCUGAUAACAGAUUAAUGACCAAUGAUUAUUAAUGAUUGUAUGAGACUUAAUUGUCUGCUAAGAAAUCAUGUUCCCAAUUUCAGACUCAUUUCAGUUGAUGUGGACAUUUAUUUGCAUCCCUUAACAAUCUCUUCAGGAAGACAGAGUCAAGGUUGUGUUUUGUCAGCUGGUUAUAUUUUAUUAUAAUUAACUUGAUCUGUUUUUGUAUGCUGUGCCAGUACCAACUUUCAGCACCUGACCCUUUUCCAUACUUAAAAAUGACAUGCACUGCCCACUCUGUCCCCUCUCUGGUGUGUCCUACGACGAACUCUGCUUCCACAUCAGCUCGGCGCACCCAGAGAAGCAGCGCGGAGCGCAGCAUCCGGCCCGCUUCGCAUCCACUUCGGGCCGCUCGGCCGGAAUGGGGAGCAAAAAGCCCCAAACGCCUCAGUCCUGCCUGGCCGGGGACGGCUGCGACGCAGCACCCACCGGUGCCUCUCGUGUCACCAGAGACUCCGUGCGGCCUAAACCGAAUAGUACACCAGGAAGCGGAGGUUCAUCCACUGGGGAAGCUGCACCCGUCACUUCGACUUUGACAGCAUGGAGCCCUAAAACAAGACAGGAGUCUGUCAGGCGCUGUGUUGAGGACAAAGAUGGGCUUAAAGCCAAGCACAGUGAAGCCAAACAGAAGCGACGGUCUUCACCGGGAGAAGAGAAGCUGUUCUCCUGCCCCAUGUGCGCACUGGUCUGCAGCAGCUGUUUCAUCCUGCAGGAGCAUGUGGAGUUACAUCUGCAGGAGCAGCACGCAGCUGAAGGUUCAACACUGGAGGCGUGUCCACUUUCACCGUCAGCCAGCAGCCUCUCAGGAGAGAAGAGAUUCGAGUGCCCUAUGUGCUCUGUCGUCUGCAGUGACAGCAUCUCUCUGCAGGAACACGUGGAACUGCAUUUAGACCACGGAGCUGCUGGGAACUCUGCAGGGAGCCCCGGCUCUGACCUGAAGCUGGCCAGACAGCUCCAGCAGCAGGAGGAGGAGCAGAGGAGGAGGCUGGAGGAGGACCAGCAGGAGAGAGAAGAGUUCAAGAAGCUGCAGAGGCAGUUUGGUCUGGACGGCAGCGGGGGCUACAGCAGACAGAUGGAGAGGACCAUGGAGAGGGAUGUGGCCAAGGGUCUUAUGGCCCCUGCAGAGUUCCACUGUAAGAGGGCCGAGAUGAUGGAGUCUCUGGCCUCAGGGGUUGAUGAUGGCAGAACCAGAACUCAAGGUGUGGUCCGAGCUUUGUAUGAAUAUUACCAGACCGAAUGCAAGGACUCUGUGCACGUGUGGCUGAGUGCUGACACCGACCACUACUGCUCCUCAGCGGGGGAUAAAGGCUGGGGCUGUGGAUACAGAAACCUCCAGAUGCUCCUCUCCUCUCUACACACAACGGAUGCAUAUGCUCCCCUACUACAAGAGAAGGCCGUGCCUAGCAUCCCUCGGGUGCAGAGUAUGAUCGAGGAGGCCUGGAGAGCAGGGCUGGAUCCGCAUGGUGCGUCCCACUUCAACCAGCGGCUGCAGGGAACAAGAGCCUGGAUCGGAGCCACAGAGAUCUACGCCCUCCUCACCUCUCUGGGAAUCAGUGCCCGCAUCAUUGACUUCCACAAGCCAACCGGCCCAGGUGACACCCACCCCCGGCUGUUUGAAUGGGUGAAGCAGUACUUCAAGUCCGGCAGGAGCAGCCGGCUGCCCCCCAGACUCAUCCACACUUCCCUGCCCCCGCUUUACCUGCAGCACCAAGGUCACAGCCGCUCUAUAGUGGGCAUGGAGCAGAAGAAGAACGGGAGCCUGUGCCUACUGCUUCUGGAUCCCGGCAUCUCAGCGUCGGACACCAGGAGGCUGCUAAGCAGGGACACCGUCUCACCGGCCGUCCGCCAGGUCAGGAAGUUCGCCGGCAGCCUGAAGCACAAACAGUACCAGGUGGUGGCAGUGCACGGUGUGAUGUCUGCUGAGGAGAAACAGAUUAGCAUCUUGAACUCCAGGACAUUAUGUGCUGAACGGAUCCCGUGAAUAGGAUCGCACUUCAUCUCCUCCAUCUCGUUUGUUUCUACUGUGAACAUGCAUUUGAUUUCUGCACUUCAGGAACUAUUUAAUGUUGUCAUUCGCUAAUAAAUUAUAUAAUAUACACUUUUUUAAAUUUUAGUUUUUUAAUAAACUCUGUGCUACUCCGUGCUGUCCAGUCAUUUACACUUAGCAGUUAAUGGUUGAGAGGAAAUGGAGCAGAACAAACCUGGCUGUCCUUAAAAGAACGCUGCACAACAAGAAAACACAGAGUCCAUCUGAGAAUCUCACAAAGGACAAACAUAAAACCUCAAAUAUUUGAUUGCAUAAGUGAUUCACCCAUUAUCAUGUGACACACCUAAAUCAUCAUUCAGCAGCCAUCUGUUUGUAGAAGUCACAUGAGAAUCCAGACGGGGUCAUCCGUGUGUUUAACCAAGGUGUGGUGAGUGACUUUAGGUCAAAUACAGCAGGUGGUCAGACAGCUGGUCAGUGUUUUCUAGUAGUGUUUUAUAGAGAACCAGCCACCACCUCUAAAGUACAUACCACCUCAAGUAACAUCAUAAAGAAAUUAUUACAAUUGUAAAAAAAAAAAAUAGAACAUGAAUAUGAGGGGAAAAUAAUUCUUCCUAUCUCUUUCGUCUGUUGGUGACCAAGAGAAAAAUGCCUAAAAGCUGCUCUGUGGUAGUAUGUACCACCAACAGGGUAAAGAACCCACAACUAAGUUCGUAAAAGCUGCAGAACCAAAAGAACUGAGGAUACAGGCAAUGGGAAAACUGGGGGAUCCUGAGAGGCAGUAUCCCUAACGUUACAUGUACAGCUAGCAUUUUGUCCAGAUUAGGCUAACUAUAUUUAUGUAAGUUAAACUAAAGCAUUUCUAUAGUAUGCAACUUGUGUGGAAUCCGUGGAAUAGUGAAAUGUGCAUACACCAGUAAGCUAUGCAGUAUUAUGCUUAUAAGUAUCAUCAUAUAGCUAACUACAGUUAUUUGCUAACACAUACAUAGCUAACAUUAGCUCGCUAACGGCUAACUUGUCCCAUCAUCAUUUUAGUUAACUGCAACCCUGGAAGACAUAGGAUGCUAAAAUAGUCCUUUGACAUGCUGACAUCUAACUUGUUAGCUAGCUACAGGCAUUUUGUUAGAGUUUCAGCCCUUUGUUGCAUAUUGUGGCACCUUUUGUUUUCCCCUACGGGUGGCCUUGGUUUUCAGAAUGUGACGCGUUGCGCUCUGUAUCUGUUAUUUAGGCUGUCAUGUACUAAGUGGGAGACCUUGCUGGUUUGUCAAAUUUCUGGCAAAACCAUCAAGAAGACAAUACGAGCUGUGUUUAAAAAGCCAGUAUAGAAUUUAGUGGCAUCUAGUGCAGUGGUUGCAGAUUGCAACCAAGUGAAUAGCUACGCUCUCCCCUAUUACAAGACAGCGAUCAUGUGAACCGCCGGGUGCAAAACUGUAGUAUCGCCGUUCGCUUAGAGGCCAUCUUUACCAUAAUGACACAACUUAAGGAGCAACGGAAGUCAGACGGCGGCUGGUGAUACCCAAUUUUUGCACUAUGCUGCUCACAUUACCGCAAUUUCACAAGCGUGUUGGAGAACUACGGUGGCCUUCAUCAGGCUCUCUACAGCCAGUGUUUGGUUUGUCCGUUCUGGGCUGCUGUAGAAAGAUGGCGGGCUCCAUGAAGGGGACCCACUUCCUGUGUAGAGAUAAAGGGUUCACAAAAAAUUCAGUUUCUCACAGUCUUCACUAUCAUUUGCUCAUUAGGACUGUUAGUUUUGAUAAAUGGAGUUUAAAUACGAAUGGAUAUUUUUGUCUGUCCAAACCACCAAAAAAAAUCAGUUCCUGGUGACAGAAAAGGGUGUGGUGGAAAAUGAUUUUACCCGCUGUUGAGUCUUUUUAAGCUGAAAUAUAGAAUGUCGUUAAACAGAACUUGUCUUUAAAAGUAUUUAUUCUUGCAAGAAGAGUGGUCAAGGGUUGGGGGCCUGUGUACUGGAACAUCCUGUUUCAUGACAAGCAGGCCACAGCAUUUAAAGAAGUGCUUUAUCUGUGUAACAACAGACACACAGAUAUAUACGUUUUAUCCUUAAGGCAUAGAACAUGUGAAUAUACAAGAAUUGUUAUCCAACACAGAGAAGAAGAGGAUAUGUGUGCAGGCAGUCAGCUGCUGCACAGAUCACAAGUUACAUGAUGCAAGCUUAUGAUAGCCUGUUUCAAAAACAGUUCUAUUUAAAAGAUAAUGAAAUACUCAUAAGGAUAUAAUUUCCAUUAAAAAAACAGCAAGAUACAUUUGAGCAUGUACGCUAACACAAAGGGUGAAGGUGUACUGAGUUCAGAGCACAAGUACAAGCACUUAGGCAUUUACACAAUAUACUGAGUAGAAAUAUAUACUAAGUAGAAAUGUGGCAUUACAAGGGAGACAAGCAUCUUUACUGAAAACUAUCAAGGGAGCGACACAAGACAAGUGUCCUCAGGGAAAAAAGGUCAGUCAUAGAAAUGGGCAAACAGUCACAGCUGUAAAUCUGAAUAGAACAAGUGGUAAAAAUGAACAGACCCCUACUGUCAGCUCUGACAGUCGUGUGGGAGGUUUGUGGACAUGAAGUCCAGUCCAGACUGUGUAUUUGGACUUGACAUAAAUUGUUGUUCCCUCACAGUCUCCAGCUGGAGAGAGAUUGAGUAGUUUUCUAAAGAGGAAUGUAGGAAAAUGUCCAGACGUGCUUCUACUGACUUGAAGGGGACGAAUACUUUAGUGUUUUAUAAUUAAACUGAACUUUGAUCUGAUUGUCGAUAUUUAGUUUCCUUUUGACAUAUCUUAAAGUGUCAAAAUCCUAAUUGGCAAUCAAGUGGACAGAGUCAGCGGCUUCAGGUUCCUCUGGGAUCAGAAGACACACAGGCCAACAGGAUUUCAUAUAUAUGUAUAUAUACAUAUAUAUAUAUAUAAUUGUAUUUUAUAUACAUUAUAUUUUAUUCCUAUUUUAACAUCUGCCUCUGCAAAUUCUCUCAGGGAAACCUUAAGAGAAUUUCAUUAAACUUGGCACAAAAAUCCACUUGGACUCAAGGAAGAAUUGAUUAGAAUUUAGUGGUCAAGGACGCUGUGGCCUCAAAAAAACACAUUUUGGGCCAUAACUCAAGAGUAUAUAUGCUAAUCAUUUGGAUGUUAACUGGAACUUAGCAUAGCAUUGUUGGAGGAAGCCUGAGAACAAGAAUUCCAUGGCCAAAAACUGCUCCACUGUAAUUGUUGUGCAUAUAACAAAUAAAGACUUAAAAAGAAUCAUGCUUAUUUAUACCUCGAUGACAGCUAGACUGUUAGCAUCUCUGAGCACCGAUCGAACCAAACUCCAUUCACAAAACAAGCCUUUUUAAAAGUGUUAGGAUGCCGUCUACAGUGCUACGGCACUCAGCCUGUGAACGCGGUUGUAUAAUAUCUUCUGUGGCUCCGCAAGUGCUCGGUCAUAUCAGAGAAAAUGACCCUGGUGAUGUCACAGUGAUGUCAUCAGGGUUAUUUCAGCUUGGAUUUACACAUUUUUUUUAACAGAACUCACAAACUCGGGGUGUGGAGUUGGACAGAUGUGACAAUCUUGCAGGCACAAAGGGUUUUAAUGAAGGGCAGUCAAGUUGCAUUUGGGCGAAAUUUAGGAUCCAGUGUUUGUUUUUUAACUUGCACUAUUUCUGGGGCCUUAAAAUCAGGACGUCCUGGGGCCUCUGCUGCAUCCGGUUCCAACGUCCUUGUUUUUUCUGUCUCUCCUCUGUUUAUUCUGUCGAGUUUGUUUAUGUUCCUGGUACUUUGGAGAACAUGCUGUCUUACUUGGAUCACUAACAGCGCUGCUUAUGAAACAGCAGACUCUUGUUUUUGGUUUUUGUCCCGUAGCAGUCUCCCAUGGCGGUCGUCAGAUGGGAAGCAUAGUGCUAGUGCAUUGAACCACGCGCCGCUGACUGCUAUCAUGGACGUAAAUGAGGUCAAGAUUCAUGACCAUGACCUGGUGCCACACAAAGGCUUCAAGUUGAU